CUUUAUUUGGAGUUUAACUAGUGAGCUAAAUGGUUACCUAAUCAUAUAUUACUUUUACUUCGGGACUUACUUUAAUAAGACACUUGCUCUUCGGGGCUCGCACUCAGGGGCUUGCUCUUCGGGGCUCGCACUUCCGAGCUUGCGCUAAGGGGCUUGCUCUUCGGGACUUACUCUUCGUGACUUGCACCUCCGUCUUAUGUCUACGUGACAGUUAGAAUGGAUCAGGCUAAUCUUAAUCCUUCGCCUGGAUUGACGGACGAAGCUUCCAGUACUGAGUCUACAGGAAUAGAUUCUGGUAUAGUUCACAGUCAUGGCGCUUCACUUUACGACUCUGCGAUUAAGAAUGAGGCGGACAAAGAUGGACAUUCUCAUGGUGAGGAGAUAGAUGUGGUGGGCUUGGAUUCCGAGAGUGAUGAGGCAAUAGCCGCUAGCAGUGAUGUCAUCCGGAGAACUGUUCCAAGAACACGAGACAGCGGUGUCGGUCUCAACGAGACUGUUUCACCACCUAUCGUCAAUGCCUGUGCAUCCCCACUACGCUGGUCGUUGCCUCAGUAUGCGUCAUCUCCCAAGAUGGUAUGGAGACCGUGGUAUGGACCUGACGGAAUGCUGACUCAUGAUCAUGGCCAUGGCUUAAGCAGUCAACAGCAAAGCAACUAUCCAGUUCAGUAUCACCCCUCAUACUUCUUAGCUCAGCAAGAGAUGUUGUUAAGACUAUCGCAUCAGUUUCCGGGUGUAGGUCCUUACUAUCCAGGGAUGACACCCAUGGGGAGUGCAGCUCCAGUUCAUUACCUGCACGGAGCCUACCCUACCAUGCCUCCCGCAGCUGCUGCGUACUUUGGACCUUACGCACCAUCUUUUCCACAAUACCAAGUGCCACAGGUGCCUACCUCAAGCGCGGACCACAGCAGAUUCUUUAAGAGAUCAUUAUCUCCCCUUGAGCACUCAGCGACCAAUCCUGCUAAGCGGUUAUAUUUGUCACCACCAGACAGCAUUCAGUCUCUAGUAGCGAGACAACUUAACACUUCUCAGCCGGAACAGAGUGUAGCAGGACUCGUGCUAGCUGCUCCACCUCCAGACGCUCUGCCACCUAGAGUCUCGCUCAGAGGAAAGCGCAAGGCCAUCAAGGAAGAAACUCAGAAGGAUGCCACAGACAACAGCAAGAAACGGGAGAAGCCUCCACCUUAUGGUGACCACGAGCUGCAUGAGGUUACUAUUCACUUCCAGGACAUCCCUCUGAAAAAAAAAUAUUGUGACAGUACUGGAGCUUACAAAGUGCCCAAAUUGCCAGAAAGUCCUGAAGAAAAAGAACAACUACGUAUGGAGCUUCUGGAAUUAUUUCAUCGCAGUAAUCUCCCUCGAGUGCCCAUUGAUCUCCACAUGAAUAUCGAUGCUUUGAUUUUAUUCCCAAACAUGCAGCACCUCCUUAGUUUGUAUAUAGAUGGGGUUGAUCUGGAUAGCCUGCACUUCGGAGCUUACGGCCAAGCUUUCUGCAACCCAAGAUUAGCUGCUAUGCCUGAGGAGAAGCUCAACGCCUUUCUGGACGACAUGUCUUAUGUCGGUGCUGAUGGUAUGUUGCACUGUCGUGUGGUCAAAACCAAUACCAAUGGGAUGGUCUGCGAUCACGUAGCCAAAGAACUGGGCAAGAUGAGACGCCAUGCCAAGAACCACUACCCUGACAAGAAGUGGGUCUGCUGUUUCUGCAGGGCACAGAUGCCUGACAUGACAGACAUGGAGAGACACACGUCCACCCACUCAGUAUUGAAACCAUUCAAGUGUCCAGAAUGUUUCAAAGUAUUCUCCCAGAAGGUAACUCUGAAUCAACACAUGAAAAACAUUCAUGACAUGAAACCAGAGACAGUGGAUCCAAGAAAAUCUUUAGUUUGCAGACAACAUGGAGUUCAGUUUUUAGAACACGAGAGAGAGGCGUGUCUUAGCCACCUCGAGCUUCACCAUGACAGGACUGAGGACUUCAAAAAUCGCAAGAAAAGAGGCCAGUUUCCCUAUGAUGUGUAGUAGGCUCAUGAUUCUUUUAGAAAUACUGACUGGACAAACAAAUGUUUGCUGUUACUUAGUGAUCCCAUUGGUGGCCUUGAUCGUAUGAUCUUUUUUAAUUUCUUAACUGCUCUGUGAUAAACAAACUAAAAAUAUAUUUUAAGAGCGUCUUUAUGUAUGUGCGUUUGCUAGAGCUAUUUUAAGUGAGCUUGCGUAUUUUCUGUAAGCAAAAUUAUUGGUGCAGGUAGAGCUGUGCGUGCAUGAGUUUAUGCUUGUAUGAAACUGCUUGCAUGAAUCUGCCCUUAUAUGAAUCUGAUGUUUUAUGUAUCAAUGACUGCAUGAAUCGAUGGUCGAAUGAGUUUGUUGUAAUUUGUCUUUGUAUGAAUCUGUCCUUACCCAAUCUGUCCUUGUCUGAGUCUCUCCUUGUAUGAAUCUGUCUUUGCCUCAAUCUGUCCUUGUAUGAAUCUGUCUUUGCCUCAAUCUGUCCUUGUAUGAAUCUGUCUUUGCCUCAAUCUGUCCUUGUAUGAAUCUGUCUUUGCCUCAAUCUGUCCUUGCAUGAAUCUGUCUUUGCCUCAAUCUGUCCUUGCAUGAAUCUGUCUUUGCCUCAAUCUGUCCUUGCAUGAAUCUGUCUUUGCCUCAAUCUGUCCUUGCAUGAAUUUCUUGUCUGAAUCUGUCAUUGUGUGAAUCUGUCUUUGCCUCAAUCUGUCCUUGCAUGAAUCUGUCUUUGCCUCAAUCUGUCCUUGCAUGAAUUUGUCUGAAUCUGUCAUUGUGUGAAUCUGUCCUUGCCUGAAUCUGUCCUUGCCUAAAUCUGUCCUUUGCCUGAUUCUGUCCUUGCCUGAAUCUGCCCCAAAUCUAUCCUUGUGUUCAUCUGUUAUUAUGAAUCUGUCCUUCUCUGAAUCUGUCCCAAAUCUGUCCUUGUAUUAAUCUGUUUGUAUGAAUCUGCCCUUCUCUGACUCUGUCUGAAUUUGUCCUUGCAUAAUCUGUUUGUAUGACUCUGUCUUUGCCUGUAUCUGUCGUGGUACGAAUGCUUGUCAAAAGAAAAUUUUUACUAUUUUCUUUUCUUCUUCUACUUAACUACUUG